CAAAGCCCUGAUAUGCUGCUCCCGAGAAUCGGUCUGCGUGUUGCAUCGGAGCUUCUCUUGAACACGGAGGCACUGUUGUUGAGUUAGCGCGAUAGAAACCAUAUCUUGUACGUUCAGGGAGACAAAGGGAUUGGAAAAAGAGAAUGCCUUUCACCCCUGUUUCACUAAAUACAGCAAUCAAAAACAUUAGCUUAAGAGCAGUGCCAGAAUUAUUCACGUGUUCUAAGCAGCAGCCACUGUGAUCAGUCUUGUCUGGUAUGGAGCUCAUAGCUGUAAGUCUGUUUUGGAAAUGCUUGUCUCUGGUAUCGUAGUACCUUUUAUAACAACAUGCCAUUGAAAUGGAAAACGAGCAACACCACUAACUGGAAAUUCCCAGUUUCUAUGCUUAAGCCGUCUAGGACGACAACACUGACUCCGGCAUACAUAUCUUUAGUUGAAGAGGAAGAUCCUCAUCUAAAAGUGUCCUUGGCAAGUGGCGACAUGGGUGUGACAACCCAUCUGCAGUCUUCAAAGACAGGCAAUACUCGCUUCUUUACGAGCAAUACCCAUAGUUCUGCAGUGUUACAGGGAUUUGACCAACUCCGAAUUGAAGGUUUACUUUGUGAUGUUACCUUGAUGCCAGGAGACGGUGAUGAAGUAUUUCCAGUCCAUAGAGCAAUGAUGGCUUCCGCCAGUGACUAUUUUAAGGCAAUGUUCACAGGUGGAAUGAAGGAGCAGGACCUGAUGUGCAUUAAACUUCAUGGAGUAAAUCGGAUAGGGCUUAAGAAAAUAAUUGAUUUUAUUUAUACUGCAAAGCUCUCCCUGAACAUGGACAAUCUCCAGGAUACUUUGGAAGCAGCUAGCUUUCUGCAGAUUUUACCUGUCCUGGAUUUCUGUAAAGUAUUCCUUAUAUCAGGGGUUUCACUUGAAAAUUGCGUUGAGGUUGGAAGAAUCGCCAAUACCUAUAACUUGACAGAAGUAGAUAAAUAUGUAAAUAACUUCAUUCUGAAGAAUUUCCCAGCACUGCUAAGUACUGGUGAAUUUAUGAAACUCCCUUUUGAGAGGCUUGCCUUUGUGCUUUCAAGCAACAGCCUCAAAAAUUGCACUGAACUUGAACUUUUCAAGUCUGCCUGCCGUUGGCUGAGAUACGAGGACACACGGAUGGAUUUUGCCUCAAAGAUAAUGAAGAACGUUAGGUUUCCGCUAAUGUCACCGCAGGAAUUAAUUAAUCAUGUUCAAACAGUGGAUUUCAUGAGAACGGACAAUAUUUGUGUCAAUCUAUUAUUGGAAGCCAGUAACUAUCAGAUGAUGCCCUACAUGCAGCCUGUUAUGCAGUCUGAGAGAACCUGUAUCCGCUCAGAUAACACACACUUAGUAACCUUGGGUGGAGUGCUGAGGCAACAGCUGGUUGUGAGCAAAGAGCUAAGAUUGUAUGAUGAAAAGGCCCAUGAGUGGAAAUCAUUAGCUCCUAUGGAUGCACCGAGAUACCAGCAUGGCAUUGCAGUGAUUGGAAACUUCCUUUACGUUGUAGGUGGGCAGAGCAAUUAUGAUACAAAAGGAAAGACAGCAGUUGACACCGUCUUCAGAUAUGACCCUCGGUACAAUAAAUGGAUGCAAGUAGCAUCUUUAAAUGAAAAGCGUACUUUCUUCCACUUAAGUGCUCUAAAAGGACACCUUUAUGCAGUCGGUGGUAGAAAUGCAGCUGGAGAAUUGGCCACUGUGGAAUGCUAUAAUCCAAGAACCAAUGAAUGGAACUAUGUGGCCAAAAUGAAUGAACCUCACUAUGGACAUGCUGGGACUGUUUACGGCAGCUUCAUGUAUAUUUCAGGAGGGAUUACCCAUGAUACCUUUCAAAAAGAACUCAUGUGCUUUGACCCUGACACAGACAAGUGGACCCAGAAAGCUCCCAUGACCACAGUUCGGGGAUUGCAUUGCAUGUGCACGGUUGGAGAUCGACUUUACGUCAUUGGAGGGAAUCACUUCAGAGGAACCAGUGAUUACGACGAUGUCUUGAGCUGCGAGUUCUACACCCCUGCCUUGGACCACUGGACCCCCAUUGCGGCCAUGUUGCGUGGGCAGAGUGAUGUAGGUGUGGCGGUCUUUGAAAACAAGAUCUACGUGGUUGGAGGGUAUUCCUGGAACAACCGCUGCAUGGUGGAGAUAGUUCAGAAGUACGACCCUGAGAAGGAUGAAUGGCAGAAAGUCUUUGAUCUCCCUGAGUCACUGGGAGGAAUCAGAGCAUGCACUCUUACAGUCUUUCCACCGGAUGAAAAUAAUGGGUCACCUUCCCGAGAAUCGCCUCUAUCUGCACCUUAGAAAAGGGACACAACUGCUCUAACUUCAGCUCUUACAAAGAACUCAUUUGCACAGCAUCAUAAUUAAUAUCAAAGAUUUUCUGCCUACUUUGCUCGGUAGUAACUAUUAUAGGCAGUGACUUGAGUAUAAUGACAGAAACAGUGGAUCGAGUUAUUUGUGCAGUACUGUUGGCAUCAGUUGUCUGCCUGUUACAAGAGAGACAUAACAAAAUAUAUAUGUCCAGGAUUGAACUCUGUCUGAAAAGGUUCAAUGAUUUAACUGUUAUACAGUGUGAUUUUUUUUUUCCCUAGACAGUUGCAAUGCAGAGGGUCUCCCUCUGGGAUUCAUUUAAAACAGUCAAAUAACUAACCUAUACGUGCAUAUUCAUUACUGUGGGCUUCAAGAUUUGAGAACUAAUUUAAUACAGUACAUAUAGAUGUGGGAAGGUAGCCUGUCACAUGGCUGUUUUCCAUUAAAAUGUUGACCCUGACUAAUCAGUUGCCCAACCUAUUUGAAGUUACAAAACAAAACUUGUCUUUUUGGUAUCUUAAGUUAAACACGGCUCUGACAGUUUGGAUUCUAGUGUGCAGUAUUUGUGCUACCAUCAUUUCACUUCUGCUGAAUUUGAAGAGCUGACUAGUUUGAUUUAACCCUGGUCGGCUCCAGCCUGCUCCUUGUUUGCUGUACAGGCCACUUGCGCGCUGUGCCUCUCCUCUGUACGUAUUGGUUGAUGAAGUUAUUUAACACACUUUGUGGCAACAGUAGGAGAGCUGCUGCAGCUCGGUCAACGUGAACUAUGAUGCUCAACAUUUUUUUGUUCAAUAAAAGUUUAACUGAAAUCAUCAGGCCAUCAUACUUUCUAAAUUGCAUCCUUUCCAAAACUUGUUAUGUUUGACUUUUUUGUCUUUGAAGUCAUUAAUUGUUUUUAAAGGAAUGAUCUGACAGCAUAAACAGGAAGUGGAGGAAAUAGCACACUACAAUCAGAAGGUGAAAAGAGAAAGAAUUAAGUUUUUGGAUGUAAAUCUUUCAUACAAGUUUUGUGUUCUUUUCAUUUUGGACGCAAGAUAUUUCGGUUUUAUUUUUACUCUGGUCAGGCUAGUAUUACAUGAGCAGAAGUAUGUUCUUAAACUCUGCACUUCAGAGGAAGAUAAUAUUUUUACUUUCAUUUUUAAUGAACAUUCACAGCUUCAACUCUUAUUUUUAUUUUGAUUGACUGCACUAAAUCAGAUGAGCCCUGAACCAAACAUAAAGAAAUCCCUACCUCAUAGAUCGGCUUCAUUGGCACAGCUGUAGAGCAUUGAUUGAUCUAAUCAAUUAUCUCAAGCAGAGAAAUGCUGGAGGGCUUUUUAAACCCAGUGCAAUAUAAGCACCAGUAUUCUAAGUGUUCAUCCAACUGCUCUGUUCUGUAAGAGGAUCCCCGUGACUGAAUCUGAAAGUUCACCAGAUUCCAAGGGUAUCCUCUGUGUGUUGGUAUUUACAAGGUGUCUCUGAAACCAUGUGAAUUUUUGCAGGUAAUCUACAAGAGUGCAAUAAUGUUCACAGGAGUAUUUUAAUAUCUGCAGUAAUCUCUGGGAGUACGUCAAAAUUUGUAGGGGGUUCACAUGGAGAUUAGCAUUUAAAACAAAACUCAGAAUUAUAUAGUUUCCAGGCCAACAUCUGUGAAGUUUGGGGUCAUCUGUUUUAAUAUCUUUUUUUCUCUAAGGCAUGGAUAGGAAUGCAAUAAUGCAAUACCAAGGACAGUUAACAA